AUGAAACUCAUCGAUCGUCUCCUCCGAUGGAGGAAAGCAAGCGACGAGGAGCGCUUCCCGACCACACCAGAACAAGCCCUCUCGGUCCUGGCCCUGGGCCAUACGGAUGCCGACACUGCCCAUAUUCUCGACCCCUCGGUGAACUUUGAUCCACAAUGGGCCCUCCAGAGAGAAGACAUCCCCGACCGGCGCUCAUUCACCUACACGGGACCGGAUGCUCCCCCGCUCAGGAUCCUAGAUCUGGGCGCCUCGCAGGCCAGCCAAAGGCAGCUCUCGGCCGCCACCGCCAUGAUAUUCGCCGCCAACCUUGAGCCCUAUGACCAGCCCGGCCCGCCGCCGGCGCUCAACCACAUCCAGAGCGUCUUGGCACGCCUUGCUGCAGUCAGAAGCUCGGCGCCUGAUCUGUCAUUGAUCCUCAUCCUGCGCAACACCGGCCCUUUCCGGCGCAAGCUGGACCAGGUGCCCAUGGAGAGCUGCUUUCCCGGAGAGAAUUGCUCCUUUCGGGCAGAUGAGCUCGAGGGAGUGCCAGGGGUGAAACUGCUCAUGCGCAAGCUCAGAGAGACGAGCCCGCGGUCAGAGCCUGGAGAGGAUGAAAACUUUUACAUGAAUUUUAUAGCUAGGAAUGCGAGUGUUAGAGACAUGAGCUUCAUCAUCUUGGUGAUAAGCGAUGUGGCGCGCAAUCGCUGA